AUGCAAUGACGAUUUGAUAACUUAAUUUUAUCAUUUCUGAGUUCAAAAUGCCAACUAUUUAUACCGCUUAUAACCAGUGAAAUGUUAUUUGGAUAAUUAGUAUACGUGAAGUGUGUGGUGUAAAAUCUUGAACAAAGGCUUCACGAUAAAGCAGUGCUUCGAACGAUGAACAAUGGCGGCGAUAGACUAUAACCACAUGUGCUAAAACCACAGUCAAUUCAGUGCAAUAUGUGUUAUCUGUGGUUCAAUUAACGUAUCCGUUUAAAACGCUAACCUAUAUGCACAGAGAGGCAUCUAACGUAUUAGACUCACUAAAACUACGACUAAAAUUGCUUGAGAGGACUAGGACAUACGUUAAAGUUAUAGAGUUUAUAAAAAAAGACGCCAUUCGGUAUUAUAAAUACAUAAUACAAGAUAUAAAAUAUUAUGAACAUAUUCAUAGGUAACGAUUAUCAUUCAAAGAAUCUUGUCAAAUUGAAAUCAAUUUGAUUUUUGCAAGUUAAGACAAUAAUUGCACUGGUUAAUUUCGCUUAGGAAUUUUACAAAUUGUGAUUUUUAAAACAAGAUGUCGGCAAAAGCUGAACCAAUCGGGCCUCGGAAUGGCCACGAAUUGGCACCGUUGAAUACCAGGGCCGAUGGCAGCGAACGACCUCACGGGGUUACCAUAGUUCUACAGGGUUCAAGGAACUCCUUACAGCAUGAUGCCCCCGAUGAGGAUAGAGCGGCAUGGUCCGGAAAACUACAGUUCUUCCUGUCAAUUAUUGGAUACUCUGUGGGCCUUGGCAACAUUUGGCGCUUUCCGUAUCUAUGCCAACAAAAUGGCGGAGGUGCGUUCCUGAUACCCUUCCUCAUAAUGUUGGUGCUGGAAGGCAUCCCAUUGUUUUUGAUUGAAAUGGCAAUAGGCCAGAAGAUGAGACUUGGCUCCCUUGGCGUGUGGAACACCAUCCAUCCAUGGCUUGGCGGUAUCGGGAUCUCUAGCUGUGUUGUUACCUUAUUCGUGGCGUUAUAUUACAAUGUUAUAAUAACUUGGGUGUUCUUCUAUCUCUUUAAUAGUAUUCGGCUAAGCGCAGACUCCUUGCCCUGGGCUCACUGUCCCCAAGACAACGGCACUGCUGAAGAGGAAUGCUCCAAAACAUCAGCUACGGUGUACUACUGGUAUCGGGAGGCUUUAGAUGCGUCACCAAGCAUCGACAACCCUGGAGUACCACGCUGGUGGAUUGUCUGUUAUCUGCUCCUAGCUUGGAUUAUCGUGUUCUUUAUCGUCAUGAAAGGAAUACAGAGCAGUGGAAAGGUGGUAUACUUCACAUCUUUAUUUCCAUACGCUGUGCUAACAAUAUUCUUUGUACGUGGCAUUACAUUACCUGGCUCCGCAGAUGGUAUACUACAUAUGUAUAAACCAAAGCUAGAAAAACUACUAGAUCCAACGGUAUGGUUGGACGCGGCUACUCAAGUGUUCUACUCCUUCGGGUUGGCGUUCGGAUCCCUCAUCGCAUUCGGCUCCUACAACCCACCGAAUAACAACUGUGUACGCGACGUGCUUCUUGUAUCUGUGUGCAACGCUCUAACUGCCAUAUACGCAUCUGUGGUCAUCUUCAGUAUUUUGGGCUUCAAAGCAUUUACUAUGGUCGAAAAAUGUAUUGGCAAGGAGAUAAAAGUCUUAGCGUUGCACCAUAUCGGCGGUUUCACUGUUAACUCUACGCAGGAGUACUACGAGGAGUAUUAUCCACGCUUAAGUGAUAAUAUCACCUCAUCACUUAACCUUACGGGAUGCACCAUGAGUCGGCAAUUGGAUGAGGCAGCAGAAGGCACAGGCCUAGCAUUCAUUGUAUUCACCCAGGCGAUUCUGAAGCUCACUCCAGCUCCAUUCUGGUCCAUCAUUUUCUUUCUGAUGCUACUCUCCCUGGGUCUAGGAAGUCAGAUUGGAAUCAUGGAGGGAAUGUUGUGCACUAUAUUUGAUAUUGACUUCUUCAAGCGGUUAAGCAAGCCUGUUAUAACAGGUUCCGUAUGUACUUUCUGUUUCUUCGUGGGUCUGAUCUUCACAACUGGAGCUGGCGAGUACUGGCUUAAGAUGUUUGACUCUUUCGCUGGAACCAUCGGUCUGGUGGUGGUAGCUUUGCUGGAGAUGAUCUCUGUUAUUUACAUCUACGGACAUGAAAGGUUCACCAAUGAUAUCUACGAGAUGACAGGCUACAGGCCAGGUUUAUACUGGCAAAUCACCUGGCGCUAUGUGGGACCCUUCAUCGUCUCCUGUAUCUUGCUCUCGUCUCUCGUAUUUAUGCUCAUCAACCCACCGACUUAUGGAGCUUGGAAUGCCGCUGAGGGACGCGUGGAAAAGACACCGUACCCCAACUGGGUGCUGUUGGUAGCCGUAAUGAUGAUCCUAGCUGGAGUUCUGCCAAUACCAAUUGUUCUACUCUUGCGUCGCUUCCAAUGCUUGGCCCUCGAUGUGGACAUCCACCAGGGAUCUAUAAGAAGAAUUGAGACCACAGUCUCUACUAAGGAAAUGAUGAGCGAUCAGGAUGUGAUUUCGCCGGAGAAUGCGCCACCCGCGCCUGCUCAGCUCGUCGCCGAUGUCGCUACUAAAUUCACUAUUGGCGACUUCGAUUCUGAUUCAGAACAAGGCGAGGUGCGAGCGUCCGGUACGUGCAACGUCUCAAGCAGUAGUGACGACGACAUUCCAAAUAAAAAAUAUUCACCUUUAAGCGGGACUAGAUUCGCACUAAAGCCCAUUGGUCAUAAGCCAACGACAUUCAAAAUGGACGUCAUUGACGAUUGACCGUUAUUUUUUGUGUAUUUAAUACACGCGUGUACGCAUUAUUUUGUGUAUAUCACGUUAACGUUGUUACUUAACGUAUUUAAGUAAACAGAUGGGAAAAUCUCGGAUGUCUUACCGUGUUCUAGGGUAGUUAUAUUCCUUGGUAUGUCAAGAUAUUGAGUUUGGUUGGCGUUUGUAUUUGUAUUUACAAUCUCCGGAAAAUAUACAGAAUACACCUUAAGAAGUUAUAGUACAUCUUUGUACCAUAUAUGUGAUUUCUUUUGUAAUGUAAAUCCGAACACACAGUUUGUGUCGACAAUUUCAACUGUCUUGAAUUUACUCUUCUUGAUUACGCUAGAGCCUAAUAAAUCCUGGAACACAGUAUUUUUUGUGUACGGGUAAAAUAAUUAUAACAUAGGUAUAGUAAGCACUCGUUCCAUUUCACCUAUCUUUCAUUUUGAGUAAUCAUCAUGACCAUAAUUUGUCAACUUAUUGUAACGUAUGCAAUAUUUUCUUGAGACAAAUGUUAUCAUUGAAUCUGUUCGAAACUGUGCUUGCUAUUUAGAUUAUUUUCGAAUAGCAACACACACGUUAAUUAUUAGAGAAAUUAGUUAUGAUAUAUAAUAUAAAACCGUGAAAGACGCAUACUCAUUUUUUUGAGUUUACCGAUAAAUGUGUUUUAAAUCUUACACUUAAAAGCGACGUGAAGUUAAGCUUAAAUUCACAGGAUCCUAACGGUGAUUUCCAUCAGAUAAUUUAGCUAAUGUCCGUAAAAAGAUAUAGUAGAUUGAUUUAAAAUUUCAAGUUAUUAAUAAAUUCAUUAUAUAAAAACUAUGGCCGAAAGAUGUAAAGAAAUCUACUAUAUUUUUUUGAAUAUCCUCUGAUUUUAAUUUAAGUAUAAGUAAUUACGCUGAAAUAGGAUAGUAUAAAUUAUUUUCGAACUCGACAUUUGAAAGUGGAAAUUCGCCACCUAAAAGCUAAGUAUCAAUACUCGAUGUAAAAACUAGUAGAGCGAAUGUAAAUAAUUAGUUUAGCUUAAAAUUAAGCCAAUCUAGGAAUGCGGUGCCAGAAAUUCUGCCAUUUCGGUAGAAUUAUUUAUAACCAUUUAUGUCAUUACAAUGUUUUCUUAUGUAGGCACUGUGCCUUAAGUGCCUUAUAAGUAAGCACGGGCAUUUUUCAUAACCAUUUGUUAAUUUUUUAAAUUGUCGAAGUACGUAGUCAGCAAUACAUGAUUAAUAUUGUGUAUCCAUACCGUAUGAAAUACAUGAUGUUGCGCAACACCACACACCGAUUAUUUGGUAGUCUUAUGUCUCCUGUAUAAAUACCAUUUCUGUAAAGCAAUACAAGUUUGGAAAGCUUUCUGAGUUUUUGCGGAUUGUUAAAACUUUCCGCGAUUUAGGGUUGCGAUAAAACUUAAUUUUAUAAGAUGCCAAGAUUCGUUAGUAAAAUUCAUGUUGGCUAAUGGCGUAAUACAAAGAUUAACAAAAAAUAACUUUCGGGUUAAUAUCUAGAAUAAAACGUUAAAAACGAAAUCGAGGGUAUGCUAGUCAUUUUUAGAUAAUGUUUAGGACGUUAUAGCUUGGCUAUUUAGUCUAGAUCGCAGGAGCACAAUGCAAAGAGGUUAAGAACGAAAUAAAGAAAACAGUUCAAAUGUGGGCAAUAGGUACUCAAGAGGAAAUGUAAUCAGAAGGAAAGAUAGAAAAAAAAAUUAAUCUAAACGAUAAAUGAUUUUUCCUUUUUAUCUGUCAUUAAAUUUAAACAUUGACUAUAAAAUGUAUGACAUAAUUUCAUUUAUUGAUAAUCUGUGCAGAAAUUAUUUUCUAGACGCCAUACGCUUUUACGCGUGUCAUUUAGCCACAUGUCCUUAAUGACUGCUACUACAACUUCAAAUCCAACGACAGUUACAUCUGCACAGACUACUGCUAAAUGAUAUUAUUAAGAUGUAUUAAUGCGGUAAAACAGCAAUCCAGACUAUAAUAUAUCGAAUUAAGUAGUUCUUCGUGUAAAAUAUAAAAUCUUUAUACAGAUCGCUAGAUACAUUUCCAACACAAGAUAUUGUCUUAUCAACAUGUUCCAAAACGCCAUUAAUUUAUUUUACUAUACAAAAAUAUGUAAGUAAUUUUAUAAUUUACAAUUAAUAAUUAUUGAUAUAAUAUUUAUAAUUUUGAUUUUGGCUCAUGUUAGUAAGCUGAGCCAAGUACUAUCUAACGUUUGGUAAAAAAGUUACGCAGACGGCUAUUGUCUAGAAAUUCCAGAUUCAAUGUUGAAUAAUUCCUGUCUUAUUUUUUUCGCCAGUUUAAUUUGAUCGGAAGAAAACGCUCUUAAAACUAUUUAUUUUGUAUUACUUUACUGUUAAGUAUGUAUUUGUUAUUUCGAAAUAUUGCCAUAUCUCCAUUCAACAAAAUAGUUGAAACAUUCCAGAUAGUAUAUAAUUAUCGUAAUACCAGGGCACUGUUAUUUAAGCAGUUUAUGUCCUUCGCAAACACGAUAUAUUUAACAGGAAAAUGCCGUUUAACGUAUCGAUGUAAGGGCAAGACUGUUUUGAUAUAUUCUAUCAAUUUGAAUUGGUCAUACUUACAACAACUCACUUUUAUCAAAAACUAUUUGACUUGGGAAAGCUAAUAAUUACUUGAUUUAUCCCAAAAUAUUAACAAGUUGCGAAUUUCAUAAUUAAAAUACAUUUUUAAAUGUUAAAUGUAUCGUGUUUACGGUCGUCUUUACUUGUUUAUCGCUCAAAAGAGCAUUAGUGUUGGUUCAGUAGUUUAUAGGUAGCUUAGGGAUUACAUCCCGGAUAGACGUAGUUAAACUGAUAUUAUUAAGAUUAAUUUACGAAAUGCGAAUAAAAUUAUGCCGCCAA